CAGCCCGCGGGGUUCGCCGCCCCAUCCCGGGAGCCUCCGGUCUCUCCAGCCCGCCCGCCUUCGAUGUGACACGGGCGCCCCGGAGCGCGACCUGAAGCCGCCGCCGGAGCAGCAGCAGGAGGAGGAGGAGCAGGGGAGGAGGAGGAGAACCAUGUCGAACCUGAGCAAAGGGACGGGCAGCCGGAAGGACACCAAGAUGCGGAUCCGGGCCUUUCCGAUGACCAUGGAUGAGAAAUAUGUAAACAGCAUUUGGGAUCUUCUGAAAAAUGCAAUCCAAGAGAUCCAGCGUAAGAAUAACAGUGGUCUUAGUUUUGAAGAGCUGUAUAGAAAUGCAUAUACGAUGGUUUUGCAUAAACAUGGAGAAAAGCUCUACACUGGACUAAGGGAAGUUGUUACUGAGCACCUCAUAAAUAAGGUGCGAGAAGAUGUACUAAAUUCGUUGAAUAACAACUUUCUUCAAACACUAAAUCAAGCUUGGAAUGAUCAUCAGACAGCUAUGGUGAUGAUUAGAGACAUUCUAAUGUAUAUGGACCGUGUCUAUGUCCAGCAAAAUAAUGUGGAGAAUGUCUAUAAUUUGGGAUUAAUUAUUUUCCGAGAUCAAGUUGUACGAUAUGGGUGUAUUAGAGAUCACCUCAGGCAAACUCUGUUGGACAUGAUUGCAAGAGAGAGAAAAGGAGAAGUUGUAGACAGAGGUGCAAUAAGAAAUGCUUGCCAGAUGUUAAUGAUUCUAGGUCUUGAAGGAAGAUCAGUUUAUGAAGAAGAUUUUGAAGCCCCAUUUUUGGAGAUGUCUGCAGAAUUCUUCCAGAUGGAAAGUCAGAAAUUUUUAGCUGAAAACAGUGCUUCAGUUUAUAUAAAGAAAGUAGAAGCAAGAAUUAAUGAAGAAAUAGAACGAGUGAUGCACUGCCUGGACAAAUCGACUGAGGAGCCGAUUGUGAAGGUGGUUGAGAGAGAACUGAUUUCCAAACAUAUGAAGACAAUAGUAGAAAUGGAGAAUUCUGGGCUUGUGCACAUGUUGAAAAAUGGAAAGACAGAAGACCUUGCCUGUAUGUACAAGUUAUUUAGCCGUGUGCCAAACGGUUUGAAAACAAUGUGUGAGUGUAUGAGCUCAUAUCUGAGGGAGCAAGGUAAAGCUCUUGUUUCUGAGGAAGGAGAAGGAAAGAAUCCAGUUGAUUAUAUUCAGGGUUUGCUGGAUCUGAAGAGUAGGUUUGAUCGCUUUCUCCAAGAAUCAUUCAAUAAUGACCGGCUCUUUAAACAGACAAUUGCGGGUGACUUUGAGUAUUUUCUCAACCUCAACUCCAGAUCCCCAGAAUACCUCUCGUUAUUUAUUGAUGAUAAGCUUAAAAAGGGAGUCAAAGGACUUACAGAACAAGAAGUAGAAACAAUAUUGGAUAAGGCAAUGGUCCUGUUUAGGUUUAUGCAAGAGAAAGAUGUAUUUGAACGUUACUAUAAACAACAUUUGGCCCGAAGACUUCUUACAAAUAAAAGUGUUUCUGAUGACUCAGAAAAAAAUAUGAUAUCUAAAUUAAAGACUGAAUGUGGAUGUCAAUUCACAUCAAAACUGGAAGGAAUGUUCAGGGAUAUGAGCAUCUCAAAUACAACUAUGGAUGAAUUCAGGCAGCAUCUACAGGCUACAGGGGUAUCAUUAGGUGGUGUUGACCUCACAGUUCGAGUUCUCACAACAGGAUACUGGCCCACUCAGUCAGCCACACCAAAGUGCAACAUCCCGCCAGCACCAAGACAUGCUUUUGAAAUAUUUAGAAGGUUUUAUUUAGCCAAACACAGUGGUCGGCAACUGACACUCCAGCACCAUAUGGGUUCUGCAGAUCUCAAUGCCACCUUUUAUGGACCAGUCAAAAAGGAAGAUGGAUCAGAAGUUGGUGUUGGAGGUGCCCAAGUAACUGGCUCUAAUACACGGAAGCACAUAUUGCAAGUCUCUACUUUCCAGAUGACAAUAUUAAUGCUCUUUAAUAAUAGAGAAAAAUAUACAUUUGAGGAAAUUCAACAAGAGACUGAUAUCCCUGAGCGAGAACUUGUUAGAGCCCUACAGUCCCUUGCAUGUGGUAAACCAACACAGCGGGUUCUCACCAAAGAGCCUAAAUCAAAGGAAAUAGAAAAUGGUCAUAUAUUUACAGUUAAUGAUCAGUUCACAUCCAAACUGCACAGAGUCAAGAUUCAAACAGUUGCUGCCAAACAAGGGGAAUCAGACCCAGAAAGAAAAGAAACAAGGCAGAAAGUAGACGACGACAGAAAACAUGAGAUAGAAGCUGCUAUAGUACGGAUAAUGAAAUCUAGAAAGAAGAUGCAGCACAAUGUGCUAGUAGCAGAGGUAACUCAACAGCUGAAGGCUCGAUUCUUACCAAGUCCAGUUGUUAUUAAAAAACGUAUUGAGGGACUUAUUGAGAGAGAAUAUUUGGCACGAACACCUGAGGAUCGCAAAGUAUACACUUACGUAGCAUAAAAUGCGUUCAGAAAAUUGAUUUAUUCUUGGACUAUACUCUUCGCAUGAACUGGGAAGUUCUUUUAAAUCAGUAAAUAUUAAGACGACCAUCUCUUCUAUUAAAUUGCAGUACGUGUUCUAGACCAUUCAGAUCAAGCCUUUACUCCCUUUGAGAGUUUUCAACAUCAAUUGAUUGAGCUUCAGGCUUUUCAACGUUAUCCCUGUAGAGAUCAUCUUUACAGUUCCUCGGGAAAAUGUGAAUGUGCCGAGUUUUGUUUUCAAUACUGUAUGAAAACAGAAAAAAAAAAUAAAACAAAAAUUUAGAAAAUUCAGCUCAUUAAAAAAUAAAAUUGUUGGAAUUUCAUUUUCCCAGGUCUUCAGUGUUGAUGUAAAUGUGUUUUUGUAGUGUUGCUUAGCACUUUGCACAUUGUAUAAGUUGGGUAACAGAAAGAUAAAAGAAAUGACAGAAUUCCCAAUUAUAUUGCUCUGCUUCCAACAUUUCUUGAGUCAUGUUUAAUUUAAAGAUUUGGUAAAUAGUCAGAAACCCAAGGAUACAAUUUUGGCACGUUCCACUACUCAAACUGCACUUACUAAUCUAGCCUCACAACCAUGAAUCUUUGUUUCUGUCUUAAUUGGCUUUUUCCUGUUUUAAUUUGAAUUCUUCCAAAUUAAGUCCUUAUAUUGAUUAGGUUUUGUUCUGCAUUAUUUCUAGCAGUAAGAAAGGAAAAUAUUUUAGUAUGUAUAAAUUGUAUAAUAAUUUUUUUUGCUGUUGUACUCACUGCUGAUAGUGGAUUGUACAGAGCGGUGUUUUUAUUUCAUUUAUUGUAGACAAAUUAAAAAUAAAUGGAUUUAGUGUUCACAUACCCACUAAUUCAAAUAUGUCAGAGCACAAAGGUGGCAGUUGAUUAUUUUGGCCCCUUUGAAAAGCACACCAGUCUACACUUUGUUAUAAAUGUCUUUGGUUUUUUUGCAACCAUAAAGUUCCUCCACCUUAAAUACUUGGGGAGAAAAAAGUGAAGCCUGUUGUGCACUAUUAAUUUACUGUUUUAAAACACAAUCUAAAGAUGCAAUAAAUGUGGUUACUUUAAUCUUUUAAUGAAAUCUUCAGUUCUUACAGCCAAAUUUUAUGGUUUGGAGUGUGAUAAAGCAAUAUUUUUUAAAGCUGGUGAUUUGUGGACGAAAUUUACAUUCCACAGAAUCAGUUUUACUUUUUUCAAAAAUGUGCUUUGUACUGAAGAUGUACUUCGGUUUUCCUGUACUUCCAAACAUUCACAGAUGUUUUUGACCUAACAUCUGCCAAGGACUAUAUUUUUCUUUAUUUUAACAUCAAAGUAUUUUUAUCUUUGGUUCUCUUUAAUUUUGGUUUGGUUUUGUUUUCCUAAGACGUUACAAAAAUGUAAUUGGGACAAACCACUAUAGAUGCCUGUUGGGUGGAAAAAUAGAUUGUUACUAACAAGUUUGAAUUGAAUAACUGACACUUGGUUGAAUAUAAGUACUAUUGAUACAUUUAUUAGAAUGUGUGUCUCAGAAGAUGAUUUUUGUUCAACUUUAUGGUCAAGUUAAAGCAAUUGGAUUUUAAUCUGGAUUAAAAAUUCCACAUAAAUAUUUUUUCCCAUGCGUCUUGGGUAAUAAUUUUUCCUUCUAGAUUGGCAAGUGUCCUUAUGUUAGAUUAAUUUUUUUCAGCUUAUUUAGAAUCUUACAUUAUUACCAUUUCAACAUUUUUUUUCUUUAUUCAUGUUGAAAUAUAAGAGAGAUGAAAAAAUUAAUCAGCAUCAUUCUCAGGUUUAUCUUUUCUCAUCCCACCUUGAGGUUUGAAAUGUGGAUAUUGGGUCAGUUAUAAUAUGAAAAGCCAGAAGUUCUCCAUGUCCAGUUGUAAUAUUAGUUAAGGGUUGUUAAGCUUUCUUAAAAGUUAUUGGAGUUCUUUCAAUGUUCUUUUUUUGUUCCAGUUUGUUUUUGUAAUUUCUCUGCCUAAUUAAAUAGCUCUGUAUAAUUAA